GACUGCAACACACUGUCGUGAUGGGUGUCAUGUCUUCACGGGUGUGUGUCGAGCAGGUGGACGUGCUGCUGGGGGUCAGAGGUCAGCCGCUGCAGGGUUGUGACCUGCAGGAGCGUGGUCAGUGGGCCAGUAAAGCUGAAUUUCUAUUGGCUGUUGCCGGACAGAUUAUCGGUUUGGGAAAUGUGUGGCGGUUCCCAUAUCUGUGUUACAAGAAUGGAGGAGGUGUGUUCUUUGUGCCGUACAUGUUAUUCCUGUUCCUGUGUGGGAUUCCUCUCUUCCUGCUGGAAACGGCUCUGGGUCAGUUCACCAGUCUCGCAGGAGUCAGCGCCUGGAAGAGAAUCUGUCCUCUGUUUGCAGGUCUGGGUUACGCCAGUCAGGUGAUGAUCUUACACAGCUGUGUGUAUUACAUCAUAAUUCUGACGUGGGCGCUUUUCUACCUAGCAAGCAGUUUUCAGUCACAGCUCCCCUGGUCACACUGUAAUAACACCUGGAACACAGAUACCUGUCUGGGGUUUGAGCGACACAACGUCAGUGACAUCACUGAGAACGCCACGUCCCCCGUCACUGAGUUUUGGGAGCGUGAAGUGUUGAAGCUCUCUGAUAUUGAAGAUGAACUGGGAUCAGUUAACUGGCAUCUGGCCGUGUGUCUGCUACUGGUUUGGGUCAUGUGCUAUUUUUGUGUUUGGAAAGGAGUCAAGUCAACAGGCAAGGUUGUCUAUCUCACUGCCACAUUCCCGUAUGUGAUGCUGUUCAUUUUGUUGAUUCGUGGGGUGACUCUACCCGGCGCUGUGGACGGGAUCGUUUACUACCUGAAACCAGACCACACGCGCCUGAUGGACCCACAGGUCUGGAUGGAUGCCGGGACUCAGGUCUUCUUCUCGUAUGGGAUUUGUCUGGGAAGUCUGACCGCUCUGGGCAGCUACAAUAAAUUCAACAAUGACUGUUGCAUGGAUUGCUUCAAACUGUGUCUGCUCAAUAGUGCCACGAGUUUCACCGCUGGAUUCGCCAUCUUCUCGGUGCUCGGCUUCAUGGCGCAGGAGCAGCACGUCAAUAUCUCAGAGGUCGCACAGUCAGGUCCUGGUCUGGCGUUCAUCGUCUAUCCGCGCGCAGUAUCCAUGAUGCCUCUGUCGCAGCUGUGGUCCGUGUGUUUCUUCCUGAUGAUCAUCAUGUUGGGCCUCGACACACAGUUUGUGAGUCUGGAGGCUUUGAUGACAUCAGUAACGGAUCUUUACCCUUCACUCCUCCUCAGAGGUCACCGCCGCGAGCUGCUGCUGCUGAUCGUGUGUUCGGUUUGUUUUCUGCUCGGACUUUUGAUGGUCACACCAAUAUACGAUCAUUUCUCCUGCAGUGGGGUGAGUCUACUGCUGCUGUCCGUCUGUCAGUCCGUCGCUAUAGGCUGGAUUUAUGGUCCAGAGCGCUUCAGUAACGAUAUUAAGCAUAUGAUCGGUUACCAUCCGCUCGGCUUCUUCAAACUGUGCUGGAGAUACCUGACACCAGCCAUGUGCACUGGCACGUUUAUAUUCUCGCUGGUGUGCUGGACGCCGUUGACCCUCGGGAAGGGUGUGGUGACCCCUCGCUGGGCGACAGUGAUGGGUUGGCUGCUCACGCUGUCUUCUGUGUCUCUUCUGCCUCUCUGGGCAAUCUAUGCCCUCGUGAACACACCAGGAACCAUGGGAAAGCGUAUCCUCCUGCUGUGUCGCCCAGUGGAGAGCUCGACUACGACCCACAAUCACCUUUCUAAUGGUUUAACAGGGAAUGCUUGUGUGGAAGUUUACUGAGCUUCAUGGACAGAAGAUAGUCACAUCUCAAAACCUCCCUUUGGUGAUGUCAAAAGUCAAGACCUGAGCUAAAGGUGAUCUUUGGGUUAGAAUGAUACCUUUUAAAGAUCCCAAAGCAUUCAUCAUCCAAAACACACAUGCCAGCCCGGCCCAUGUGACCACCCUGCGGUUUUCUCACAUGGCAUUAACCUGAGCAAACAUCCGCAGUGGCGAGGUCAAGCGAGCAGUGAGCCGCCGGCCCCCCGGACUGAUUCUCUCACGAACGACUGACAGAUAGGUGAGAGAUGAGAGGCGUCUCUUUACAACUGUUUCAUAACGACAAUGUUUUGACUGCAGAAAAACAGGCUCAGAGGACUCAUAAGUGUUUGCAAAGCAUGUAAAAGUGAAAUAUCACAUGUUUCAUUUAGCUUGAAAUUCCCAUGAUGCUUCUUAAUUGACAGUUUUUGAAUUGUCUGUUUUUAAAGUGGGUGGGUCUUAAGUUCAAAAUAAUGAAUAAAACAUGUUAAAGUCAACAUUAUCUCUAUUUUAUCCAUUUUUAAAUUCUAAACACUUUAGGAAAAUAGUAUUUUUUAGAUUGAGUUUGACAUUUUAAUAAAGAAAAUAUCUUAUUUUUUAUUAUAUCUACAAAUGUUUGGUCAACUAUGUUACUAAACAAAACCCCCUGCAACUCAAAACUGGUGUAUCCCAAAACCAUGUGACCAGCAUCAUGUGAUGUCAUUUUCUUCUGUGGGGGACAUUUGGAACACAUAAUGCCGAGUGUCCUUUCUUUUAUUUCAAUAUUUUAACUGCAAUAGCAUAUAUGCAAGAAUGCUGCUUCUGAUAACCUUCAAGGUUUAUUUUACAUCCACAAAGUUUAGAGUUUUGCAUAACAUCUCUUUUUAAUAUUUAUCCCCCUUUUCUCCGCAAUUUGGAUACCCAAUUCCCACUACUUACUGGUGGCGCGGUUACUCGCCUCAUGCCGGGUGGCGGAGGACAAGUCUCAGUUGCUCCGCUUCUGAGAUGUCAAUCCGCACAUCUUAUCACGUGACUCAUUGAGUGCGUUACCGUGGAUACCUAGCGUGUGUGGAGGCUUCACGCUGUUCUCCGUGGCAUCCACGCACAACUCACCACACGCCCCACCGAGAGCGAGAACCACAUUAUAUCGACCACGAGGAGGUUACCCCAUGUGACUCUACCCUCCCUAGCAACCGGGCCAAUUUGGUUGCUAAGGAGACCUGGCUGGAGUCACCUACCACACGCCCCACCGAGAGCGAGAACCACAUUAUAUCGACCACGAGGAGGUUACCCCAUGUGACUCUACCCUCCUUAGCAACCGGGCCAAUUUGGUUGCUAAGGAGACCUGGCUGGAGUCACCUAUCACACGCCCCACCGAGAGCGAGAACCACAUUAUAGUGACCACGAGGACGUUACCCCAUGUGACUCUACCCUCCCUAGCAACCGGGCCAAUUUGGUUGGUAAGGAGACCUGGCUGGAGUCACCUACCACACGCCCCACCGAGAGCGAGAACCACAUUAUAGUGACCACGAGGAGGUUACCCCAUGUGACUCUACCCUCCCUAGCAACCGGGACAAUUUGGUUGCUAAGGAGACCUGGCUGGAGUCACUCAGCACACCCUGAAUUCAAACUCACAACUCCAGGUGUGAUAGUCAGCGUCAAUACUGUGAGAUACACAGACCUCUGCAUAACAUCUCUUAAAACUACCAAAAUGAUUGUGGCAGACCUCUGCCUUUCUUAUAAGGAGGAAGCGGGAGCCGGGUAAACAACCAGACGUAAGACAUUUAUUAGCACACACACUUUUCAGUGUCACAUGUAAUGUACAUAGACACAGACAGCUUUGUGCGUCUCUCUCUCGAACUGCAACUCUGGCUCCUCUUUUUCUCUCUACAGGCUGAUUGCGAUUAUUCUCUCCCAGCCGUCCAUCCUUAUCACUUGACCACGACCUGCUCACCACAUACCCCCACCGCCCGACUCACCUAACCCCCCAUUUCUGGAGCGGGAGUGUUGCCGUUGCUGGAUGGCCUCUGGGGUCACAACUCCACGUUUCCAGGGAACAGGACGAGGGGAAAGAGAGGGAGAAGAGGCUCGCCGGCCCCCGGAUAUGCCGCCAACCGGUCCUCGGCCAGCUGGUAUGCCUCCAUCAGCGAUGCCAGGCGAUGGCAGUGGACACACACAGCCGCCCAUUUCAAUCGCCAGCUCACGAACUCCUCCAGCAUCACCAGAUCGUUCAACUCCUCGACGUCGCGAUCUCCCGUCCUUAUCGCUCGGCCACGCCUUGCUCGCCACAAUUAUAUUGAUAUACUGUGACUUGUGACCGCGCCGAAAACAUCACAUGAAUAUCUGCAAAAACAUCCGAUUCUUAAAAUGAUAUUAAAAGAGUGACGACGCAUAUGGCAGAAUAGACAAAAGCACCAUUAAUGAUGUGUGUUGCAUCAAGUGUUGCAUUAAAUGUCUUUGCCACUAGUAGAUAUGUUACAUUGAACGUAAAGCAAUAGAUGUGUUAUUGAGAAAGCACUUUGUUUUUGUACUUUUUUGUUGACAUGAAAUGCACCUCCGAUUAUAGAACGAGCAUAUACACUUGCUAAGCCACUACAAGUAAGGGAAUGAUAAAUAAGAGGAUUCCCUUCCCUGUGUUCAUUAGUGUAGUGUGGGAUUUGCAGCUCAGGUCUUAAUAAGCGUGACUGCUGUGAGGAGGUGGGCUAUACCAUCAUCAGGAUGAAGGAUGUGUGAUAUAGUACACAGUGUUCUCUGGGAAACUCCCACACGUUCUCUCAUAUAGACAAACAGCAGAAUGGUGAAUGUGGGGGGAGAGGGUGUCCUAUACAUUCUCAUGGGCUGCAGCUACGUUAGCACGUGCUAAAAGACACCACAUUUAAAGGGACAGUUCAUCUACUACAUCUUUAUUUACUCAUGUGAGUUUUCAGUGAAUAAUGGCACCAACACAUCAAAAAGGCGCCGCAAACGUGGUCCAUUUGUAUUUCAUGUGCAGAGUGUCACAUUUCAUAACACAUUGGGGUCUGUUUCUCACACAAAGCUAUCACAUGACUUCAGAAGACUUUGAAUAUUAUGCACAAGGUCUUUGGACUUCUAUGAAUCUUAUGUAGUAUUUCUUCUUGGUCACCAUCCACUUUCAUUGUAUGGAAAAGUGCUGCGUGAACAUUCUGCUAAACAUCUAAUUUUGUGCUUUACAGAGAUGAGAAAGUCGUACUUAUUUCAGAAAGACUUUUACUUGAUUGCUUUAUUUUUUAUCAUAUAUAUAUAUAUAUACACACACAAUGCAUAUAUUAUUGAUUUAUUAUAAAUUGUAUUUCUUUACAUUUUUAUAUAUGUUUCUUCUAUGUAAAGUGACUGACAA